AUGGAUCCGGCCGAACUGGACGAGGCGGAGCGGUCAGCCUUCCUCGCCUGGCGCCGCGGGCUGGCUACGCUCGAGGAGGAGGGCGGCGAGUGCCUCACCCCAUACGAAAAGAACCUGGAGGUCUGGCGGCAGCUGUGGCGCGUCUUGGAGCGGUCGCAGCUGGCACGCGUGGUACAGAUCGUCGACGCUCGCAACCCGCUCCUCUUCCGCUCGGUCGACCUCGAGCGGUCGGCGGGUGAGGCUUCGCCCCCGCGGCCAUGCGUGCUCCUCGCGGACCUGCUGUCGGCCGAGCAGCGCGCGGCCUGGGCCGACUACUUUCGUGCGCACGGGAUCGAGGCGCUCUUCUGGAGUGCGGCGCGCGCGCAGCAAGAGAUAGACGCAAACGCUCGCGGCGCGAGCACGGCUCGGGUCGGGUCUCGCGUGCUGCGGCGGGAGGAGCUGCUGCGGCUGCUGCUCGCCCGCUGCCCGGACGGGCCUCCCGGCCCCGACGGAGCGCCUCGGCGCUGCGUCGGUCUGGUCGGCUACCCCAACGUGGGCAAGUCGUCCACCGUCAACGCGAUGGUUGCCGCCAAGAAGACAAACGUCUCUGCCACGCCCGGCAAGACAAAGCCUUUCCAGACGCUGCUGGUGCUCUGCGACUGCCCCGGCCUCGUCUUCCCCUCGGUGGCGGGCUCCAAGGCGCAGAUGAUUUGUGACGGCAUCCUGCCCAUCGACCAAAUGCGGGACUACAUGCCGCCGCUCCGCCUGCUCUGUGGCCGGCUCGGUCCCGACGACUUUUUCCAGACGUACGGCGUCAGGCUGCGCACUCCGGAGCAGCGGCUGGACGAUCCCGAUGCGCCCGAGCAGGCGCGCGAGCUGCUGAUCGCGCUCGCCCUCGCGCGCGGCUUCAUGACAGCGACCAAGGGUGGCCCCGACGAGUCGCGCGCCGCGCGGAUCGUGCUCAAGGACCUCGUCAACGCGAAGCUGCUCCACUGUGCCCCACCGCCGGGGGCCGCUAGUAGCCGCGGAGGCGGCGGAGGCGGGGGAGGCGGCGGCGGGCGGGUGCGCAAGGAGCCGGCUGCGCCGACGGCAGAGCGAUGGCUCUCAAAGGUCCGGGCGGAUUACGAGGCGCAAGAGGGGCGUGGGGGUCACUUUGCGGGCCGCCGGGGCGCCGGCACGAAGGGCGCCCCUCGGGGCGUCCAGUUCCGGCCGGAGGGCGCGUUGCCCGACCGGCUUGUGGCUCGAGGCCCGCGCGGUCCCGCGUUUGCGUGA